CAAUAAAUACCGUUACACUCUACUAUUCUGUGUCCAUCUUUAUGUCAGUGUAUAAGGUCGUUGAUCCAACUGAAAGAAGUAGUUUCCGUGAUGAUUAUUAAGUGCCAAUGUUGAGUUUUUAACAUUAUAACAGCUAUAUCGGAGUUAUAAUAAAUUUAUAAUAAUGUCGUGAUAGUAUGUGUAACCAUGAGUGGUAUAGAAGCUAUACCAGUUGGAGUUUUAGCAGGGGCUGCAUCAAACGUAGCCUGGUUUAUUCCUGUUUUGGUUGCAACCAUUGCAUACUUUCAUUAUGAAGUAAAUGAUCCCGAGUCCAAGAUUAUCGAUCAACCUGGAGAUCUCCUGCUUGAUGAAUAUGAUUUUAUUAUAGUGGGAGGUGGAUCUGCUGGUGCUGUGUUAGCUAAUAGAUUGACCGAAAUUGAAGAUUGGAGCGUGUUGUUAAUUGAAGCUGGUGGAGAUGAAACUGAGUUAUCUGACGUACCUUUAUUGGCCGCUUAUUUACAGCUUAGUCAACUGGAUUGGCAAUAUAAGUCAGAACCACAAGAUACGGCUUGUUUAGCCAUGCAAAAUCUGCGAUGUAACUGGCCACGUGGAAAAGUAUUAGGAGGGUCAAGUGUCCUCAAUUAUAUGAUGUAUGUUCGAGGAAACCGAAUGGAUUAUGAUAAUUGGCUAAAACAAGGUAAUCCAGGAUGGGGUUAUGAUGAUGUUUUAUACUAUUUUAAAAAGUCAGAGGAUAAUCGUAAUCCAUAUUUGGCUCGAACGCCUUACCAUUCAAUCGGUGGAUACCUAACAGUAUCCGAGGCGCCUUAUAAAACACCUUUAUCUGAUGCUUUUAUUGAAGCUGGAAUAGAAAUGGGUUAUGAUAUACGGGACAUUAAUGGUGAACGUCAAACGGGUUUUAUGACACCUCAAGGAACCAUUAGAAGAGGUGCUCGUUGUAGCACGUCAAAGGCUUUCUUGAGACCAGCGAGAUUAAGAAAAAAUUUGCAUGUAUUUAUAAAUGCUCAAGUAACUCGUAUAGCUAUAAAUUCAGAUACAAAAAUUGCUUACGGCGUUGAUCUAAUUAAAGAUAAAAAUCAAUACUUUGUAAAAUCUAAAAAAGAAGUUAUAUUAUCAGCUGGUUCAAUUGGUUCAACACAACUUUUAUUACUUUCGGGUAUUGGUCCUAAAGAACAUCUAGCUCAAUUCAAUAUUCCUGUAAUGGCGGACUUACAAGUUGGGAAGAAUCUUCAAGAUCAUAUUGGAUUAGGAGGUUUAGCUUUCACUAUAGACAAAGAGGUUUCGAUAAUACAAGAAAGAGUAGAAAAUGUUCAGACUGUUCUUAAUUAUGCUACAAUGGGAAAUGGGCCUCUAACAAUUAUGGGCGGUGUUGAAGGUUUGGCAUUCAUUAAUACCAAGUACAAUAACAAAUCAUUUGAUCAACCAGAUAUUGAAUUACAUUUUAUUUCUGGUUCGACUAAUUCUGAUGGAGGUAUGCAGUUAUGGAAAGCUCACGGAUUGAGAGAAGACUUUUAUAAAUCUGUAUACGGACCCAUUAAUAAUAAAGAUGUAUGGUCUGCUAUACCUAUGUUGUUGCGACCUAAAAGUCGUGGUGAAAUUUUAUUAAGAAGUAAUAAUCCUUUUGACUACCCAAAAAUAAUUCCUAACUAUUUAACGCAACGAGAUGAUGUGAAUAGAUUAAUCGAAGGAGUUAAGUUUGUAGUUGCCAUGAGUCAUACCACAGCAUUUCAAAAAUAUGGCAGUCGUUUACACAGUAUUCCUUUUCCGAGUUGUAUGUCUGUACCCAUUCAUACAGAUUCUUACUGGGAAUGUAUGAUUCGUCACUAUACAGUAACUAUAUAUCAUCCGGUGGGAACUGCAAAAAUGGGACCGAAAUGGGAUUCAAAAGCCGUAGUUGAUCCUCAACUUAGAGUUUACGGAAUACAAGGUCUUAGAGUAGUUGAUGGAUCUAUAAUGCCUACAUUGGUCAGCGCUAACACAAAUGCACCUAUUAUUAUGAUAGCUGAAAAAGCUUCAGAUAUGAUUAAAGAACAAUGGCUAAAUUAAAAAAAAAUGUUCUCAUAUUAUUUUUCAUUAACAUGUGUAUCUAUAUUUAUUUGUAAAUUAAAAUUAUUUGUAUUUAUAUAUUUUUACUACAGUGAAAUAAACUGUAAAUGGAGACUUAAA